CAUUUCCUUUCAGUUUUUCCCAGCCAAACUCUCAGGUCUAGAGAAGGACUUUUUAUUUUUUUUGGUGUUUUUCUCUUCAACUCACAAACACCAUCUGAAGCAGCAAGAUUGCACUGAAUCCUGCCUCUCCAGUGCAAUGACCUCACUCCGCCUGUUUGCCUUGUUAUAUUCCCUCAUCGCCAUACAAGUCUGUUUUUCCAGCCAGUUGGAAGACAAUAAAAUCCCACCCAGUCUGUGCACUGGCCACCCUGGCAUCCCGGGCUCUCCUGGGGUUCAUGGCAGUCCCGGUCAGCCGGGAAGAGAUGGAAGAGAUGGGAGGGACGCUGCUCCGGGAGAGAAAGGCCAGAAGGGAGACAGGGGGGAUCCAGGUGAGACGGGGAUGCGAGGCCUAACUGGAGAUAAAGGUUACACUGGAGAAAAAGGGGAGAGGGGCCAGCCAGGAGAGUGUGCAGUGGCUCCUAAAUCAGCUUUCAGUGUCAAACUGUCUCAGGGUCAGUCUUUACCUCAAAAUGUUGGCGAUGCCGUCAUCUUUGACACAAUCCUCCUCAACGAACAGGGGGAUUACAACACAGAGACAGGACGCUUUACCUGCAAAGUCCCUGGAGUCUACUACUUUGCGGUGCACGCCACUGUGUAUCGCGCCAGCCUGCAGUUUGACCUGAUGAAGAACGGUCAUGCUGUGGCGUCUUACUUUCAGUUUUAUGGCAACUGGCCCAAACCGGCAUCUCUGUCUGGCGGCUCACUGCUGCACCUCGUCCCCAGCGACCAGGUGUGGGUCCAGGUGGCUCUUACAGAGUAUAAUGGGUUUUAUUCUAGCACCAAGACUGACAGCACUUUCACUGGCUUUCUUGUCUACUCAGACUGGAAAAACUCUGCUGUUUUUGCAUGAGGUGUCUGUAAAACAUUCAUAAAGCAAUCCCACAGAGGCAGAUGAAAAACAAACUCCUUUAGCCUUUCCUUUAUUGCUUUUUGUGGUUGAGGAGCUCUGUAUAAAGUUGAAGGAAUUAGCUGAAACAGCUGCAGUAUUUCUGUGUUUAACUUGUAUAUAUCUACAGAUGAUGUGUCAAAGACGCUGAAUAUUUCUGUUUGUUCUGAAUCUGCUAAACACUUCAAUUGGUGACAUUUAUUUCUUCUCACAGAUGUUGCACAUUGGCUUCUGGAUAGACGCCGGCCUUAGAUUCAAGUAGCUGUCAUGUCAUCGCUGCACUGUGUGCAGUGAAACAUUAAUAAAUCUGCAGACCACAUAAAAGCCUCUCAAAUUUUUGGCCAGAUUUUAGGGGAGAAAGUGAAAAAGGAAAAUAAUUUUCUGAGUCAUUUUAGUAUAACAUAAGCACAGCAGGUCUCUGAAUGCUUUUGUUUGCAAACUCAAACCUUUCCCGACUCCAAUCAGCAGAUUUCUCUGUCUGUUCUGGUUUAUUUCCAGAAUAUAAAACAAAAAGUUCAGCUUGACUUAAUAACAGAUAAUUCUUUACUCUUGUAACCUAACUAUAGGUUUCCACAAAUGUUUUCUGUUAUUCUGUUUUCUUUUUAUCAUAUUAUCAAGACUUCUCCAAUGUCCUUUCAUAUGGAAGACCUAGAGAGUCAUUGAAACAGGAAAAACAGCCACUUCAAAUGUAACAUUUAAAUCAUGCUAUUUGAAAAGAAUUUUCUAAUUGUAUUUUCUUCUAAUUGUAAGUUUUGUAUUUAUUAAUUUGCAGCACACUAAGGGUC